UUUAGCUCUGAUGUGCGAGGUUGUCAAAUAAAUGACAGAGCCCAUCCAUCCAUUAGCAAAAAAACAUCAUUUAACAGUGGUCAAACACCUGCGAAAAAGCCUUACAAGUGCACCACAUCGAAAAUAGUUGUUUGAAGUGUGUGAAGUACAAAGCUAAUCAGAAGCUAACAACAGCCUAGAAAUGUCGGAAUUACAAAUGGAUUGUGCUUUGGAUUUGAUGCGUCGCCUGCCGCCCCAACAAAUUGAAAAGAACUUAAGUGACCUCAUCGAUUUGGCACCCGACCUAUGUGAGGACCUGCUCUCGUCGGUGGACCAGCCAUUGAAGAUUGCCAAGGAUAAAGAGCAUGGUAAAGACUACUUACUGUGUGACUACAACCGUGACGGGGACUCGUACAGGUCGCCUUGGUCCAACACCUAUUACCCCCCGCUCGAAGAUGGGCAAAUGCCUUCGGAACGUUUGCGCAAACUAGAGGUUGAAGCAAACUAUGCCUUCGAUCAGUAUCGCGAAAUGUACUACGAGGGUGGUGUGUCUUCGGUUUACCUGUGGGACUUGGACCAUGGAUUUGCUGCCGUUAUACUUAUCAAAAAAGCCGGCGACGGCAGUAAAAAGAUACGCGGCUGUUGGGACUCCAUUCAUGUAGUUGAGGUGCAGGAGAAACCAACUGGCCGCAAUGCCCACUACAAACUCACCUCCACUGCCAUGCUGUGGCUGCAAACGAACAAACAAGGCUCCGGCACUAUGAACCUAGGCGGUUCCCUAACGCGUCAAACCGAACAGGAUGCCAAUGUCGGCGAGUCCUCGCCCCACAUUGCCAACAUUGGCCGCAUGGUAGAGGAAAUGGAGAAUAAAAUCCGCAACACCCUGAACGAAAUCUACUUUGGUAAGACCAAAGACAUUGUUAAUGGAUUGCGAAGCACACAACCCUUGGCCGACCAACGACAACAAGUGGCCAUGAAGCAAGAUCUGGCCCAAGCCAUUCUUAGACGCAAUGUAAAGCCUGAAUCGAACUGAAAGUAAAUACGGUUCCAAGAACCAAACAAAUCAAACGAGUAACCCCCAUACAAAACUACUACAGCCCAAACCUUAAAGAAGCGGGAGAGUCGGGAAGUAGCACGGCGGCGGUAGUAUAAUAUAAACAAAAACAACAACAACAACAAACAAAAAAGAAACAAUUUAUUGAAACCAAGUUGAUAAAUAUGUUAUUAUUUUUUAUGUAAACAAAGUAUUAAUAAGAUCACAUUUUGACUGGGCAUUAAGGCGUUAUUCAAAAUCAUUUUCAAACAUUUUCUUUUUUAUACAACAUUUUAGGAAAAUCAAUUACAACCGAUCACAAAGCAGAAUGAUAAUGAAACUACAUAUAGGCCUAGUUACAUAUUUAAAGCAUAAUAGUCUAGACGUAUAAUGAUUCAAUAUAUAAAUAAUAAAACAAAACUAAAAAAAAGUGUGUUACUGCAAUAGAAAAUAACUAAAGUGUUUUGUGUCGUGCGGAUUUCGUAAAUAAGGAUUUUUAUAAAUGUCGAAUGGUGAAUUGGGCAAGAAAGGUGAUUUUUUUUUUUAUUUUAGAUGCAACAGAGGGCUGAUUUAAUUUUAAUUUAUUUUCAAAAUUCAAGUAAUUUAGCCUCAUUGAAGCCUUUUUGAAGAUCACUUAAAAAACCAAAUGUAAAAAAUCGCAAAAUCUAAUUAUUCGAAAUUAAUAUAAGGAGAUUUGGAACUUAGAAGUUGAAAAUACUAUGUAUAACAAGUAAAAAGACGUUAAGUUCUUUGGAUAUCCACCACCUCGGGUAUAUAUGUAAACCAGCGUUCGUCAAAAUCCGGUGAAAAAUGCAUACCUAAUGACCCAUGCCCAGAUUUGGACAAAAUACUUAUAAGUACAAGUCAUUGUUCAACUGUUUGUAAGAAAAUACUGGUCUUUUAAGUAGUUAUAUCUAAAAAUAAACCGAUUUGAACUAUA